AUGUUUGUUUUCCUUCUUUACGUCGUCUCGCAGCUCGUUCUACUUGGUGCCUGGGUUUCGGGUACCUUGGACCCGUACCAGAAAAGAUUACAGGAAAUUGUCCUGUACAUGAUGGGCGAGACGAAGGUGUCUUAUGGCCUUAAGAAGAGUCUGACAGCCAAGAUACUUGCCGAAGACACGAAUCUGAGCAAGUUCCAAGAUCAGCUGGGCAACGGGAUUGGAGGAGCAUUUGGCAAGGGUGGUGCUGGAGAAGGAGUUGGAUCAGUGCUGAGCAAGGGACUGUAA